UGCGUCCGAAUGCAAGCUGCAUUUUCCUUUUUUCCGGUUGGCUAAUGUUCUUGCGUGAAUUCUUUCUCGGCGCGCGCAGUGUAACUGAACGUCAUAAAGGAAUGAAAACAAACAGGAUCGCAGAGAACCACAAUUUCUUUCCAUUAUUAAGUGAAAAACCUAAGUGAAACAUCAAGUGUUUUACCAUGAUAACAUCAUUACCACGCCUCAAAGAAUCCAGAGGAUCCACCGCCACGGAGAUUCUGCCUCGUCUUGCAUCAGACAGGAGAAAAAAGAUUUCCCAGGUUGGUAAGGUGUUCCCUAAAACGUUAGUUCAAGAGCAGGUUGACGAGAAACUUGAUUUUCUCUGCGUUGGUUUGGAGAAAGACAAAAAUGUUUCUUUUCCAAUGGUGGACGUUGAGGGCACACCGAGUGGUCCUGGAACAGAGGGCAGAAUUCUGACGUCUUCUCUGGAGCCUGUUGACGUCACAGAGGUCACUCUGCCGGUGUUACCCAGUGUUCUAGGUAGUCGUCGUGGUAGUUGUUCAACAAACCCUGAUAUCCCUGAACCGCUUGACUUUCUGGUUGAGGGCGAGUCUCAAAAGAAGUCACAGACCGAUAUUGGCCUGGACACUAGUGAACAGGUCGCUGAAAAGGUCCCAGAAGAGGUGAUGAGAUCCAACCUUGAACCACUCAUUGACAAACUGUUUGAGGAAGACGAGCUUUUCGUGCAGGAUUUUGAAGAUGACGGGCUCAAUCGUGUUCUGUUCAUUCGCAAGAUGGGUAUCUAUGUCGAGUUAAAAACAACAGACUACAUGGCAGGGGUAGUAUGUACGCCUCUGUUCCACUGCCCUCGCUGUAAAGACCACUGGUUAGAAUUUGGGACCGUACCUGAAGACUGUCAGUUUAAACGACAACCAACUCGCGGGCCCGCGAUACAUAUGGCCAGGGGAAGAAAGCCUCGUAAAGACUACCGGAAAAAGAAGACGAAGAGGAGACUUGGGGACAUCAAAGAAGGUUUCAUAGUAUCUGGAAGCGGGACAGUACUCGACCAAAUCGACGAAAACGAAUCCGACGAAAACACUUCUCAUUCGUCCAAUCCAGACCGUGGAGGAACGGCGUCGCUGCCAGAAGGGGCGUUACAUGACUAUCUGACAUCAGAUGAUGUUGUCCUUGAGGAGUUGAGCCUUGGUGUCAUCGACUCCGGGACAAAGAUGGAAGCGUUGAAAGUUUUUCGCACCGAAGAAAAUAUGACAGAUAAGGAAUAUAUCAGAAGAGUUUCUAAUGCGCUCGGUUUUGACGAAGAACAAUACAACAAUUUCGCUCGUGUGAAUAUAAACAUAGAUAUCAAUGGAAUUGGUGAAGAAGACCCGGAUCAAAAAACUUCCGUGAUAUCAAGAUUGGAUUUGUCAAUGCUGGAUAACGUGACUGUGAAAGAUCUUCCAGAGAAAAUCAGGCUAAAGUUGUUAUCAAUGCUUCGAUUGCAAAGACGAAGGAAGAGAAGACAAAUGAGAGCAUUAGCUAAUAAGAAGAAAACAGCAGGACAUGAUGCAGAGGUAGAUGAGGGAGAUACUGACCAAGAAACAGAUGACGAGGAUGCAGGAAAUGGCGACUUGUCUAAUAACAGAAGGAACUCUACGGCGAAAAGAAACAGGAAGAGAAGAGCUUCUCAGGGCAGGCCACGAAAAGUACGUGGAAGCGGAGAAAGCAUGGAGGACAUCAGCGAUCAAGAAACUGCUGGGAGAAGGCCAGGUUACACAGAAGGACGUCACAGAGAUACAUCAGCCCGCGGACGGAGCGCAUCUCAAAUGUCCAGCAGUUUCAUUAUGGAUUCAGAUGAGGAGGAAUUGUCUGCAUCAAGAUCACCCAGUGAUGUCCUGGCUUACAAAGAAUCACAAAGUCGUCGACGUUCUCGACAAAUAAACAAAGCUGUGAAAAACAGAUCAGGGCAACCUGACACUCCCUUCCAGAGACUGGGGCGACAUCCCAUGACCGCACCCAGUAACAGCUCGUCGUUUUUUGGCUACGAUGGCGAUUCUGAUGAAGAAACCUGGGGGCGAGGGGGGCUCAUGUCUAGAGUGGGUUCCAGUCGCGCUCGUGUGUCGGAUUCGGGUGCAUCGUACAUGUCUGAAUUGGCACGUGGAGGGCACGUGACAGACUCGCAAUCCUCCAUGUUUCGCAAGUACAGUAGGACAGCGGGUAGUGCUGGUGCCCGAAAGGAUGUGUCUUUCUCGAAUUUAGAGGACCAGUUGUCUUACGGUUUCCUUGGUAACGAUGAAAGUAUUUGUGACUUAGAAGACGGUCAAUCCUUUGCCAGGCCUAACAGAGCACGCCGCCAAAGUAAACUGAAAGAAAAGGGAGACGGAGUCAAGAGGCCUGGGAAGUACUACCACAGCAAAGUGAUUGACGACAUGGGUCAAGCGACGGCAUCAUUUGCUGACACUAACAUGACGUAUGGGUCGAAACAGAGGCUGAGCCAAGCGCGUGUCUCUUUGAUUGAUGCUAAUAUUCCUUCACCCUGUGACUCAACACUUGUGAUAAAGCGAUCUGUAGUUGUUCGUCCUGCUUCUGUAAAGGAAUCUUCGCAGAAAAAGAAAGAAGAAACAGAAAAAGAGUUCUUGCAAACAGAGUUUCUAUUUCUUCAGCAAUCUUCCGCUCUCUGUGGACAUGUUCAUCGAGUGAAGUUUUUGGAAAAUAGUCGGAAACGAGGAAUGGAAGAGUGCCAAAGCAUGGGCAUGGUAUUUGUAUCAUUUUUGGAAAGAACUGGUAUUGAACCUCCUCGUAUAGAUAAAAUGGACACCAUAGAAAACCGUAACAUAACUAAUAAUCAUGCUAUGUAA